AAGGUGCGAGGUGCUCUGUUCUCAUCCGGGUGCCCCACCAACGACAAAAAAUUCUCAAGUUCCUCGUGGUCCAAAAUACAAAGAAACCCUUCAAGCCAGGGUUACACACAGCGGUAAUGGAAAACAGAGGCACGCAGAUAAGGAGGUCAGUGCGUGCCAGUAUAAAGGCAGCCAGGCCGGGCGGCUCAGCCUGGUGCUGCACUCUCCGGACGGGUGCACCAUGGCCACCAGCUGCACCAUGAAGUGCCUCGUGCUGGCCGUGCUGUGCCUGCAGCUCACGGAGGGGCUGGUGAGGAUCAAGCUGAAGAAAGGCAAGUCCAUACGGGAGAAAAUGAGGGAGGCAGGAGUGCUGGAGGAAUACCUGAAGAAAAUUAAGCACGAUCCAGUCAAGAAAUACCACUUCAGGAGGGACUCCGUUGUGUACGAGCCGAUGGCCUCCCACCUGGAUUCCUCCUACUUCGGGGAGAUCAGCAUCGGGACCCCCCCGCAGAAAUUCCUGGUGCUCUUCGACACUGGCUCCUCCAACCUGUGGGUGCCCUCCACACUCUGCAAGACGCCAGCGUGCAGAAACCACGCCAGGUUCAAGCCCAGAGCGUCCUCCACUUACACCAACAAUGGGCAGACCGUUACACUGUCCUACGGCAGCGGGACGCUGACGGUGCUGCUGGGCUACGACACGCUGCGGAUCCAGACCAUCUCAGUCAGAAACCAGGAGUUUGGGCUAAGCCAGAAUGAGCCCACCCAGCCAUUCUACUACGCCCAAUUCGAUGGGAUCAUGGGGAUGGCUUACCCCGCCCUUGCAGCCGGAGGGACGCCCACCCCACUGCAGGGCAUGCUGCAGCAGAACCAGCUCAAACAGCCCAUCUUCAGCUUCUACUUUUCUCGCAAUCCCACCUACAACUACGGGGGAGAGCUUGUGCUGGGAGGAGUGGACACUCGGCUGUUCACUGGGGACAUUGUGUGGGCACCAGUGACCCAGGAGCUUUACUGGCAGGUGGCAAUCGAUGAGUUUGCUAUUGGACAGUCGGUGACGGGCUGGUGCAGCCAGGGCUGCCAGGCCAUUGUGGACACAGGGACGUUCCUGCUCACCGUGCCCCAGCAGUACCUGAGCAGCUUCCUGCAGGCUGUGGGUGCACAGGAGACCAGCUUUGGGUAUGCAGUUGACUGCAAUGAGAUUCAGAGCUUGCCCACCAUCACCUUCAUCAUCAACGGGGUGCAGCUCCCGCUGUCCCCCUCUGCCUAUGUCCUCAACAACAAUGGGUACUGCACUGUUGGGAUCGAGGUCACCUACCUGCCGUCCCAGAGUGGGCAGCCGCUCUGGAUUUUGGGUGACGUCUUCCUCAAGGAGUAUUACACCAUCUUUGACAUGGGGUACAACCGCAUCGGCUUUGCCAAGUCAGUGUAGAGGAGUGGGGCAGCAAAACGCAGCCCCCUCCUGCUCUGAGCGAGCCUUGCUGUGGGUUUCCUAUGGGCCUUUAUGCUCCUUUAUGUGCUCUCUGUCUCUCCGAGGUUUCUGUGUAAGGCCGUGCUCUCAGUCUCCUGUUGCAA